AUGGCCUUUGGAACUCUGCUAGUGUUGCUAGCUAUGCUUCAAUCUUCAAUAACUGGGCGAUCGAAUCAUCUGUCCAAGAGAGAUAUAAAGCCGCAGUCUUCAGCUAUAAAUGACAAGGUAUGACACGACUUCAUACUGUAAAUUUGUUUCUAAAUUCUAUAACAGAGUACGUUUAUUUAGCGGAUUGUCAGUGCAUAAUUUAACCUAAAGCCAUUAUUUAACUAGAGAAUGAAUGGUAGUUUGCUUUUAGCACUGAUUUUCGUGAAGAAAGGUGUGUUUUCGAAUAAACGGAUCGAAACAUAAAAACAGCAAUUGUUUAGGUGUCAAGUUCAGUCAGAGACUUGAUUAGUGUACUGAAGGAAUGCGUAUAAACAUCUUUGGAAGGUUGUUUGUAAACACUUUCGGUUUUUGCUAUUAAGUUUGCUACAUCAAAUUCUAGCUCUCCCCCUUUUGAACUGAAAUUGUCCGCUGCCAUUACAUUCACAGAAGGCCGAGUAGAGACCACUGACAUCAGAGCUAAAAAUGGAUCGUUAAUAAAAAACUGUUCUUGCUGCCGAGCACUAAAACACUGCCGCGGGGUCUCAUUUUAUGAGUACAACUGGAUUAGUAUUUAUUUGCCUAUAACUAGCUGUUAUUCGCGGUAGCAAAGACUCUGAAUCAUACAAUGGUUGUGGUUCAAUAUGCGCUUUUUGCCACAUUCAGUUACGACUUAAUGUUCCUUAAUUUCGUUUAGUAGCGGCUAGCUGCCUGCGAAAAAGAGCAGUCUUUAAACCCAUUUUUUUCGAAAAAGUGAACUGUUUCGCAGAGGCAACAUGUUCUUCAACGAGAUUUAUCCCACGUUUUAAGUGAGAAUCCUUGCCAAACUUCCCUCAUUUCUAAGAAAAUUGGCAGAUACACGGGUCAGUAUUCUAUUACAAGCACGUACAAACUAACGCCAGAUCAAAGGGUCAAGCUUAUGUCAAUAGGAAAUCUUGUUACUGCUAUAAUUAUAAUAAAAAUAAUAAGUAUGAAUUUUCGUGAGAGGAAGAAGAAUCUUGAUACUUUUUAGGUAGGUCAUAAAAGGCGGAAACUGAAGAAAAAUUCUUUAGGCUUACUCGCUUGAGAUUUCGGUCGGGGUGGUUAACUGAGCAGAAUAAAAUACAGAAACUACAGUCAACUAACUUUAUAACGGACACUAUAGAGGCCUUGAGUCAGUGUCAUCAUUAACGAGAGUCCGGAAUAGAGGUAGUUUAUUUCAGUCAAACAUUUGUAAUUCAUUUUUGCAUGUGAUUUAGCUGCUGUCCGUACGUUUCAACAACAGUUUUUUGGUUGCCAUGGUAGUUCCUUACUCCUCUUUUUAAAAUUCUUAUUGGGAAAUGCUGGAGCACUACCCUGCGAGCAGAGGCCCCUCAGUCGGGAACAUCCUGGUUUAUAUCUCAAGCCACUCUUCAUUCAGAUGAAUUUGCAACAACAUGUCCACUGAUUUCCCGGAGGGGUACUAUAGUUAAUUUUUUGGGGGUAUGUGCCGCUGGCCUUUGAGAGCCCCUUCCCCUUUAACAUAACUUAACAUAACAUAACAUAAUAUAACAUUUUAUUAGCAUUAGCAUUCCCAUAUACUGAAAUGGUACUGCUUUUUAACUAUUACAAUACUGAAUAUUAUAAAUUAAAUUAUAUUUAAAAUAAUCAAAUAAACCGAUAGUAUAUAAUCAAAAGUUAUAAUUAGAAAUCUCUAUUUCCCAUGCUUUUGUUCUAUGGAAUGAUAUUCUGUAAGUUGAAAUGCUUCAUAAACAUAGUAGCCAAGUUUUUUACAAACUUAUGGAUCAAUAUUGUUAAAAAGAAAUAUAACUUUUUCAAAUUUGUUCAAGUCUACGAAUUUGGAGUACUUGGCUUCUACGUCUUGAAAAAAGUGUUGUCUUAAAUUUUUGUAUAAAUUGCAUUCGAAGAGGAAAUGAAUUUCAUUCCCUACUUUAUUCGACGAGCAAAGCUGACAUAUCCUAUUUUAUAUUCCCAGGAAAUUGAGGAAGAUGGUAUCUAUCAAUUUUGAUUCCUUGAUCGUAAUUUUGCCACUGCCUGGCGAUGUUUUUCGUUUUUAAUAAGGUCUAAUUGAAUAUUCAGAUCUAUAGACACCAGUCUUAAAAAUGGAAUAGAAAUUCAGUUUUUUUGUAAGAUCGCAACAUGUGAAUCUGAUCCUUUUUGAAGUUAUCUAUGAUAGCCUGUUUUACUUUUGGUAGCUUCGAGUUAACCAAAUUUGGCUCUACACGAAUUCUUGCAUCUGCUACAGUAUUGUACUUUCAUGAUUUCGUGAAAAGACAGUAUGAAAGACGGUUUUCUGUUGUUUGCUAGUUGAUUUGAAAGUAAAAGGCAUUGCUUUGCAAUACUAGUAUCGGGUAGAUUAACAAGAUGUAACCAAAAUUUUAUGACAUUUAGAUAAAUGUGAGAUUAAGUGAUAGUCUUCCUACUUCAUUAUCUAACGAGAUUUAUUUGUAGCUCUUUUAUUUAGGCCAAUCAAAUGUUUGUAAAGUUGUGUGUAAAUUUUUUGAAUGGGGUAUUUUUCCCAUUUCUUAGCAUCAGUUCUAUCAUAGGCAUCCCAUACCUCAGAACUGUAUAGUAAUAUAGGAAGAAAUAGGGCAUCAAAAAGUUUAUUGCAUACAUAUAGCCACUAAAAGCUUAUAAUAAAUAUUAAAAUCAAGAUUAUAGCGUUUUGCAGCAAAUAUUGAUCUUCUUGCUUUCUCCGCAGAUAAUUGCUUGGAAAUUGAGAAACUCCAUUUGAAUUAAAUGUUAUGCCUCGAGAAGAGUAUUCUGUGACAUUAGCGAUUUGAUUCCCAUUUAGGAAGAAUGUUAUCUCUUGUUGAUUUACGGUUUUGUUUUUGAAAGAUGUGUGCUUUUGUUUUUUAAGAUUUAUUUUUAGUAAUCAAUAUUCAUUGAGGAUAUUAAUUUGUUUUUGAAGACCCUGUGCUUUUUUGGAAAUUAACGCUAAAUCAUCUGCGUAAAAUUAUCAAGAAACGGGUAAUCCGUUCGAUGGAACUGUUGGGUCUUUUGGUCUAAUUUGGGUGUCAAGUAUACCUGCUAUUUUGUCUAGAUCGUACUCCUUUGUUAUAGUUAAAGUAGUGGGUCCUCUUAUUGCCAAUUUUAUAGCACAUUUUGAUUUUGAAUACCUGUCGGCGAUGAAAUGAUAAAACUUAUCAAGCACUUUAUAUAAAAGAGCAUCAUGCCAUACCGUAUCAAACGCUUUUUGAUAAUCAACAAAACAGCAAAAUAUAAUUUUCCUUUGUUGGUAUUCACUACAUACUUGUCGAUUAAAGUUCUUAAUGAGAAAAUGUGAUCAGUUGUUCUAAAGCCUUUUAUGAAACCAAUUUGCGAUGAAUGUAUCAAGUUAUUUGUCUCAAAAAAACUGCAUACCGUUUAUUCCAUAGGGAACAGAAUAAUUUCCCUAGGUAACUGGUGACGUAAAUACCUCUGUAAUUCAAAGGAUCGACUUGUCACCUGAUUAAGAUUUGAAUACUGGGCUAAUUAAGCCGGAGGGCCAAGCAUCUGGACAGUAAAAAGUUAAUUUUGUGAAAGAUGGGGCUAGUAUAUGAAUACCACAUUUCAACAUUUCACUUCGUAUUCUGUUCGGACCUGGUGCUUUUUUAGAUUUUAACAACUUAUUUGGCUGCUUUUGUAUCAUUUUCUGUAAAAGGCUGGUAAAGAUUGUUUUGCAGCAUGAAAUUCAAUUCUUUACUUUUCAGGUCUUUUAACCCUUUAAGUCCCAAUAGUGACCAACAUCAAUUUUCUCCCAAUGAUAUCCCUACGUUGUCAAGAGACUAGGUUGUUAGAAUUAAUAAAAUGAUCACCUAAGAGAAAAUACUUUGAUCUUUUGUCAAAUUCUCUCAACUCAUUCUUAAGGAAAUAUAUGGAGAUCAGUUUGGAGAAAUUGUAUGUGGAUAUUGGGGCUUAAGGGGUUAAAACGUUUUCUUGACCUUUACCUACUUGUGAAAAUGACUGUACAAUUUGUCUGUUGGAAAAGCCGUGUCUCGCGGCACAGAAUGUGGUUCAUCAGGAGACAUGGACUUUAAAGUUGACCAAAAUUUGGUUGGAUUGGAUGUAGUAACAAGUUCGUCGAUUUUACAAUUUUGGUAUUCUUGUGUUUUUUGCGCCUCACUAAGGUCUUGUAAUCUUUUUAAAAGAAAAAUAAUUAAGUCUUGUCUGUUUGUCAGAAGGGUUGGGAUGUUUUUUAUUUGAAACUGAAUUUAGGUGUUUCCUAAAAAAGCUAUGUUCCUGAUCAAACCAGGGCUGUGAUCGCCGUUUGUUCUUUUUUUGCUUGACAAAGCCUUAUUGAAGAGAUUGUUUUGCUGCUGUUUCUAGUAUUACAACAAAUUUUGAUACUGCCUAAUUGAUAUCAACAGCUUGUUGAAGGUCAGAUUUUUCAAAGUCUGAUAUUAAUCUUGUUAGCUCUGUGGUUUGCAGGGGGGCUAAAAAUUUUUCUCGAUCUUGAGUCUGGAGCCCACCUAAAUUGCCUAAGUAGAUCAAAUAAGUCUACUCUAGAUUCAUAAUUUCUUUUAAAAGCGUUGGUAGCACGUAUCUUGAUCGAACAAAUUAUUAGACCAUGAUCGGAGAAAGGAGAUGGUUGAUGUACUAUCAAGUUUUGAAAGUGUUGUAGGACAUCAUGACUAACGAUAACAUAAUCAACCGUGCUAAAUGCCUUGAUUUCCAUGAAAGGUUCUUUGACCGAAGGUGUCACCUUUACAUCUCCCGUUUGAGAUCCUGAGAUCCAGGGAUUUACACAUUUCUAGUAGAAAUGUCCCACGGUCGUUAACGAGACGAUCAAACUUUUUUGUCUGCGACGCGUCAUCUGGGAUGGGUAGGUCAUCUACAGGUGGGGAGGGGAUUUGCUAUUCUUGUCGACUAGAAAGUCUCUUUCUACGCCAGUUCUAGCUUUAAAAUCUGCGGCUAGAAUAAAGGAAAAAAAUUUUUUGAAAUUAUUGACGACCUCGCUCUCUAGAUUUGAGAAUGUGUCAGGAUCGAAGUACAAUGAGUCUUUCGAAGGAUGUAGCAGCAACAAUUACGUCCUUCCUCAUAUGAAAAAGAGCUGUAUCUAUCCUACAGCAGAUGUAAUUGGGAGUUUUCUUGAUAACUGUAAUUUGUGGAGCUAAAAACUUUUUGACUGCAACUAAAAUACCUCCAGACCAGCGGCCCGAUUUUUUAUAGACCCUAUCUUAGUCACUUCUUUGCAAAUAUGUAAUUUUCGCGAUUCCAACUUAGUCACUUUCUAUUUUUAUGAAUUGACCCAGUUUUUAGAUUGAUUGAAAAACCCUUUACUUUUCAUCGAAAAUGCAGUACAAACAUUCUGGUACGUUUGCUAACAGUAAACAAGGAAGAACUGCCUUACCCCAAAAAAUGUGCGACCCCAUUCUAGUAACUUUAUUGAAAAUGCGACCCCAUUGUAGUCAAUCCAGUCGGGAAAUGCGAUCCCAUCCAGCGGCACACCCCCAUUAUUGGCCUCUUAGAAGGAAGUACCCCCCUCGCCCUAGUUUCAAUACUAUCGGGUCUGGGUGGUGUCUAUACUUGCCCCCAAGUCGAGCUCAAAUUUUUUCUUGGCGCGAACUAUUUGCGUCCUGUCGCGUGUGUCGUCGCGAGCUGUCAAAGUACGAAAACAAAAACAAAUAGCACAUCCUUUCCACACUCGAUCACUUGUUGUUGAUAACAUCUUUGUAGUUCGCUUUCCUUAAACCAUACGUGAUCGCGUCCUUGAUAGAACACAUUUGCACAUUUGCACUCGGCUUUGUAAUUGAAUACAGUUGUAAGACAGCCCAUAAAAAGUAAACAGCUCAAUUUGGACCAAAACAGUUCGAGUCACGUUUCAUGUGGCGUGAUCGCGUUUGAUUGACGGCGCAUCAGUAAACCCGUUCGUGAUUUGAUAAAACCCACAGGAGGAAAAUUCCUCCUGUGGAUUUCGCGGCUGCACGGGAUAGAAGUCCUUCGUGUUGGGGCCAACUACCAGAACCGGGAAUGGGAAGCAAAGGAGUUUGAGAAGGUCUAGGUUGUCUCCUCUGAAGUCAAAUGUUCUAAAUCAAUCGUUAGAAUUUUUGAGACGCUGAAAUAAUUAUUUUAAAAUGAAGAUCUAAGUCUAAAUGCCUGUAUCAUGUGCUUCAGUUUACCGCACCGAUCUUUUUUUUUUUCAAUCCACGACGGUUUGAAUUAAUUUUUUCCCGUGUUUUGUUUCGAAAGCUUUUAUGAUGAAUUAACACAUAAUUAAGUUAAAGAGCCUGAAAAUAAGCAAUUAUAGCUUUUUUUCUGUUUCUCUACCGGAUUCAACGAGGAAAGUGGCUAGAGCUUUUUUAACGCCAAUGCUAAAGCAGGGUUAAAUCUAUCAAGUUAAAGAUAAAGAGGUCAAAUUCAGACGCUGAGGUCCUUUUUUUUUGUUUAAUCCUAACCACAAUCGAAAACUUAAGAGAAGCGUCAAGGAGAGAAAGCGAAAGGAAGAAAGUCGAAAUCAUGCCUUCAUGUGCAUGUCUAAACUAGGGAAGUGGCAAUUUUGAAGUCUUGUGCUCGACCUAUGACAAUAUUUUGGGCAUUAUACUAUAUUAUAGAGCGUUUUCACAUGGCCUCACGGCGGCGACCAUGUUGGUGUUCCUAACAAAUCCUGUGAUAGUCGAACUCUUUUCGCAUGUAAAAAUUUCUUUUGUUUCCAUAAAUUUGCAUAGAUUCUGGCCACGUGAUUGAAAACGCUCUACAUAUAGUGACUAGACAACGCCUCGUCCGGCAUCAAUAGGCCUUUUUGGGCACAAGCUCCUGAGGGCGAAUGGGUUGAUUACUUCAUAAUAUUGUUUUGUUUUUUCUUUCAGGAUUCAUCCCCAGUUUCUUGUAAUAAUAAAACAUGUGAACCUAAAACUAACGAAGGUGAGGUUAUAAAUCUCCGUCUUUGAUUUUUUUUAUAUAAUUUGUCUUCAUUCAUCUGUAAUGAAAACGUUAUUCAGAGAUCCACGUUGACGUCAAUGAUAUCUACAUUUUCGUAUAUGGGAUUCAUACACACUGUACAUUCUAUAUAUUUUUCUUCGGGAAGAAUUUUAAAACACGUUAAUCCGUUUUUUUUUUGUUUUGCCGGUGCUAUCUAUGUGAUUCGCUGGUUUUGCACUGCGCAUCUCUUACUGUGCAUAAAAAGACGGCCGCCGUGAAAAAGAGCAUUCUGAAGAAAAAUUAUUAAAAUGAUGUUGACUGAAGAGAAAUGCUAUUAAAUUUUCGCUUGCGGUUGUUUCUUACCGAGAUGAGACUUUAUGUGUUGGGAAUGUGCAUAACUUAAGCAAUUGACAACUACAAUAGACCUUUUUACCGAUACGGCGGCCAUAUUGAAUUAAUUUGAUUUAAGGAGUAUUAUAGGAUGCCCAGGGGGCAUGAGCACAUUUCGUUUGUAUUUUCGAGCGCUUUUCGGGACAUUUUUUCUCAAAGUUUUGUUAGAAUAAGAUUGUAAUGGGAAAAAAGAUCCUCGUGCCGUGUUUGGAUGUAAUAAUGAUCGCCUUUUCCCGAGAAAUAUACAAUGAAAGACCAUAUUUCUAAUACUAAACUAGAAAAAGGCGAUCAUUAUCACAUCCAAACACGGCACAAGGAUCUUUUUUCUCAUUACAAUCUUAUUCUAAGAAAACUUUGAGAAAAAAUGUCCCGUCGAAAAUACAAACGAAAUGUGCUCAUGCCCCCCCUGGGCAUCCUAUAAUACUCCCUAAAUCGAAUUAAUUAUUAUUAUAUGGCCGCCGUAUCGGUAAAAAGGUCUAUUGCAAAAGAAAACGUGCUCACCAUAAUUCGUUACACACCAGAAACAAUGGGUAAGCAGCAAAACGUCCCAAGGUGAAACUGGAUUUUGCGCGUCGUAGUUUUUAUUUCUUAGGUACCUCGCUUUUUAAUUCAUUGCCAUUAAGUUUAAAAACAUUAAUUCUAAAGUUUUAUUUAGAAAAGCCCUGGACGAUUUUUACUUGUAACUUUUGUAGUUUUUAACCGUUUUCAACCUAGUGCAUGUUUCCUUUUUAUAUAUUUUUGUUUAUUCUUAUUUAUUAGAUUUUGUAAUUUUUCAUUCAGCACGACCCCGUUGAUAACUUGGUACUGAAGGGUUAUCCUGGAUAAAUUUUCGAUUAUUAUAAUUACUAUUACGCGUGUUGCUGAGUUCGACUUCCUCGCGGAGAACCUCGAUAGUGGAGCGGUUAAACUUGUACUAACUCAAUUUGAUUUUCGUUUAAGUGCCAUCUUUAUCACAUUUUGUCCUAACUGUGAUAUCUCGAUGUAAAUUCUGUAAAAACGGAUUUUAAGAAAAUCCUUUCUUGCUCCUUCCACAUACAUGCCAUUUUGAAACUCGCCCUAGUCCUCUCUCAAAACUCGGAGGAAAUUCAUUUGGUGCGCACUUUAUGCAGCUCUACCACAAAAACGAGCAUGGUGACCCCAUUUUUUAUUUCAUGAUUUUAAUAAGAAGAUUGCUUCCUUUCAAUGAGAAAACUAUUGGCAUAAAUCUAUGUUCAGUUUUUUGGCGAUUUUAAUAAAUAGACCUUUUUACCGAUACGGCGGCCAUAUUGAAUUACAUCGAUUUAAGGAGUAUUGUACGAUGCCCAGGGGGCAUGAGCACAUUUCGUUUGUAUUUCCGAGCGCUUUUCGGACAUUUUUUCUUAAAGUUUUCUUAGAAUAAGAUUGUAAUGGGAAAAAAGAUCCUUGUGCCGUGUUUGGAUGUAAUAAUGAUCGCCUUUUUCUAUUGCUAGUAUUAGAAAUAUGGUCUUUCACUGUACAUUUCUCGGGAAAAAGGCGAUCAUUAUUACAUCCACGCACAAGCUAGGAUCUUUUUUCCCAUUACAAUCUUAUUCUAAGAAAACUUUAAGAAAAAAUGUCCAGAAAAGCGCUCGAAAGGACAAACGAAAUGUGCUCAUGGCCGCCGUAUCGGUAGAAAGGUCUCUUGUACGGAUUGAGCUAUAACGGGUCGAAUAGCGCGUGUUCAAAUUAGGUCUUAGACUAUUUUGGAGCGUUGAGUCAAAACAAGGGCAUUGAAGGGCAUUUUUUGGUACGUAAGUGAAUAAAUAAUACAUUUAAGUCAAAUUCCGUGCGAUACCUUUUGUUAGGAAAUUAUUGCGUCAUUGUGGCGGGAAAACUCAUCACGUGAUCUGAGAAAUGAUCUUUGUACGAGAGUCUUGGAACUGUGUAGUCGUUCGGAGUCGUGGAGCUGGACGAGUGUGUAGACGAGUAUGGAUCAUCAAAAUUUUUGGGCGAAUUGAUGUUGCUGAAUUCUUUAAGUGUAGAACAGAGUACAGAAACAUGUGAAGAGAUAUACUUGCCAGGGAGUGAAGGAUUAAAGCUAAAUGGAACUGGUUUUAUCACACAUAAUUUAUGACACCACGCGCAUUAUCUAAAGAAUCUCUCCUUUUUGUCUCAGUUUUUGGCUGCGCGCGGUUUUUGCCAAAGAGUCUUAAAUAGCCGUAUUUGUCAGCAUUGUGACGUGAAAACGAGCGCGGUGAACCCCAUUUUUUUAUCAUCAUCUUGACUUGUCACAUUAGUGUACCAAGUUUCAUCUACAAUCUAUGUUGGGUUCUUUUACUAAGGAAUCACCUUAAAGAAAACAUUUUGUGGUGGUCUUAUAAAGAUGCUGGGUUAAGGUAUUUCUAAUCAACUAUUUUUUUCAAGGCCUCGGCUGGCUUGUGAGCUAUCCGAUUGGUCUUAAAAUGAGGGUGGGGAAAGAGGUUUUUAGCCCCAGGGAGUAAUAGGGUGCCGGGACUAAAGGGGGACCAGUGCUCAAUGAUGUAUCGUAAGAACUGGCAGUGUCUGAAAUAACUCCCUCGUUCGCACCAUAUUAUAAUUAAAAGCUUUAAAAUAUUCUCCUAAUAUAUUCUCAAUAUUCUCCUUGACUAAUUUUUUCACACCCAAAACCUUGACUGGAAAGAAGCAUUGACAGUUUACAUUUACUCUGAAAUUGAUAGACAUGGAUAGUAUUCAAUUUUUUACCGCGAUCAAACAGUCUUAAAACGAACGAGAAGGUGAUUGUUCCUUUUGAACUUGGUUUCAGAGACCCUUCAUCUUCUGAUCAAACGGAGUCGGCAAAAAAAGGAGAAUUAGGAUGAAUUAUUAACGCUAAUAAAUAUUUUAAGAAAACAUUCUAUUUCUCAUUCAUUGUACAUUUAUAACUUUAUAAAUCAUCUAUCUACUCUAUGAACACACGACGAACCCUUCAUUUCUUAUCACUAACGACCGCCAUUUGGAGUCUGUACAGCGGGUUUGGGGAUCAUUUCGGGUCGGGAUUAUUUCGAGGAAGUCCCUUGUCAACUGAUUAACUCCGUUCCUCACAAUGUUCACUGGGCAGGCCUGACUUAGGGUCAAUAUGUGGUCCAAUUUUCAACGGCUUAUUUGAUAUGAAUCCCAGUGUUGACUAAAAUUAAUAGCUACUAACAGUUGGUGUCAGGAUAUCGAUGUUAUUUGAUUUAAAAGCUAAAACUUUCCAGUAAUUUAGUACGAUAGCCAAGCUACCAUUUUGUAUUGAUUUUAUGAUCAACCGGCAAAUACCAGAGGCCUUUUAUAAUAGUUUAAGUUGGCCUUCAUUUUCUGGCAUUUCCAACGUCACAAACAUGACCUCUUAAGACUUGUCGAUUGUAAAAAUUUAAAACUUUGUUUCAGUAUCAGGGAAUGUUUCUUACGAGUGCACCCUUCUCUCGAAGUUGCGUGCUGCCAUGUUUUGUGCGAAAAACAGGCAUAAAGUCGAUUUUUCCCACCUUUCAUAACUUACUCUUUAAAAUGAAUCUUUUGAACCCCAAAAUAUUUUUCCUUAAUUUAGUCAAUAAAAGGGAUGUUUUGGCAAAAUAAUUAAAAAAUCGAUUUUGUGACGAGUGUCUUGUAAUUCUCGAUUUUCUCAGAAAAUGGUUCUUAUAAGGUAAGGAAAGUACAUAAUUACGUAAUAAGGAAUUAAAAAUUAGGGAAGAGACAAAGUACACCUUACAACACGUAUAGUAGACCUUGUCACGGUUUCGACGCCAUCUUGAUGAGUAGGCAAACAUGUGAGAAAUUACUGUUUGUAUAAGAAUCUAAUGUGGAAUAAUUUCCAAAAAACGGCUGUUCUGAAAAAAACUAUCAGUUGUAAACUAUAUCUACAAGGCAAAGGAUUGUCCUAGACAAUUUUUGGGGCGUACCUGUGCAGAUUUUUUCAUAUAUUUGUCUGUAAUUUUCCUGGGACUUGCUUACAGACAAAUGUAUAGAAAGUUUAAAAAGGUGGUUCUCGGUCUUCUGGUGCAUUUAUCGACCUUAAUUUUUUUCAGUAGAAUCCUUAGCAGUGAAGGUUUAGUUUACAAAUCAUAUUUUUUUUUCAGAAGAGCCGUUUUACGGAAAUUAUUCGACAUUAGAUAGCCUACCCCGUCAAGAUGGCGUCGAAAACCGUAACAAGAUUUGUUCUUUUUACAAUAUAAUGGCCUGGCUUUAAUAAUUAAUGGGGUUGUACUCCGUUUUCUUUUCUUGUCAACAGUAUGUUCUUUCGAAGUGCCUCUGCAGUGGAAGAUAAAAAAUUUUACCGUUGUUUUCCAUGAAAUGUACAGAGGAGAAGCUUCGAAUUGGUCCGUUGAAGUGUCAUGGAGUCCCAUUACGGGUAAAGCAUUAUAAAACAUUUCAUGCAAAUUAUGCCGUGUAAAAAUAUCUGUGCCUUGUUUGGCACAAUACAGGUGCUGACUCUAUCCUCAACACGCGUAAAUAGCUCUAACUUAAGGACACCAGUUGCUCGGAACUCUUGUCACAUUAACUAACUUGUGAUCAAAGUAUUAAUUGCAUCUCUUCUUGAGAUAAAGGUUUUAUCCAUUCACCACUACCUUAAAAUUCCGUUCACUGAUAAUAAAAGAAACAUCAUGAUAUGUUAUUUUGUGAUCGAUAUGGCCCUGUUGGAAAUCUGUUAAUUCAUUUAAUAUCAACUGAUAGUCACUGUCCUGGCCGCAAUUUUGCAACCUCGUCUCCAGGGCGCUUUUCCCUGGGCGCUUUGGAAAAAGCGCCCUCGGGACGAGGUUGUCAAUUUUGCAAAUCAUCAGUCUCUGGAAAAACGUUGGUUUAUGGUAUGGUUUGUACGUCAAACGUUCAUGGUGCUGACUUGCUGCUUUUUUUUACUUACUCUUUUGGUCAGGUUCGCCUCAAAAUUGGAGUGGUUAUUGUAUCUUUUAUACGACUGAUUUUCCCGAGAAUUCUCAUCCAGUAACAAAAGAUUUUCUGCUUAAGGUAAAGAAUUAUACGUAAAAGUAACUUCUUAUAUUAAGCGUAUAACGUUUUGUUUUUUGUGUGUGUUUCUUGAAGAAAUGCCCCCCUCAAUUCGUACCCUUUUCCCCUCCAUUCUACUCCCCAUUACGCUACUUCUCGUUUCUUACUUUAUAACACUCAGUGUACAAUUUUAUAGAUGUCACAAUGAAUGUCUUUUCCUAUUUUACUUAAUAUACUGAGUCAGGUAUCAGUAUCAGUUUCUUGAUCAGCUUAUGCUUUCUUGGAGAGUCUUAUCUCUCCUUAUAUUCACCGAAUUAACCCCUUCACCUUUAUUUGACUGAAAUUUUGACUGAAAUACAUUUCAGUUUCCAUUUUCUCACAAUUUCUUUGAAUUUUAUAAUGUGUUUUUUGUUCGUUCCCUUUAAGAAUCAAACAAGUGUGAACCUUACUUUUUCGGAAGAAGAAAAAAUACCAUUUUACGUCACAGUAAGUAGAAUAAAUUUAUCAAUAUUUAACAUAUAACCAGACCUUUAUUGUAAGUGGACAAAUGAGGCCAGAAACCUCCUAUAGAUAGACGCAAGGAAGAGGGGAAGAAAUGGAGAGAAAAGGGCAGGAGAUUUGUCAAAAUAUCAGCUGUCCUUAAAGGACAAUCAAUCUUAACAGACAAAGGAAAAAAAAAAAACAACAACAACGUCAAAAAACGCAGUAGCCCCUCCCCCCUCCUCCACACCUCUCUGAGCCGUGCUCUCUGCAUCAUGCUUUAGCCGUCUAAUUUUCCGUUUAACCAACUUUCGAGGACUCAGAGCUAUCUUACGAUGGAUACCUGAGAUCAAAAGGGCUAUUGCAAAAUGAUUCAAUUUAGUCUUGGGCUUCUUACCUUUCGGAUUAGCUAACGGAUGGAGAUGGCUUAGCUUUUAUAUUGAAACCUCAGUGCAUGCAUAUUAAAUACCUGGGCUUAUAAAUGUUCGCGUGGGGAUUGUAGGCGAGCUUAAAAAAGAAAGGGCCUAUAACCGGAAGUGAUGUUAAAAAGCGUAUCGAAUCAAGCUGAAACAGUUCCGAUAACAAUACGUUUUGCAUUAACUAGUUCUUAAUUAAGCAUCAAAACCUCAUAAUAAAUUGAAUUUAUUAUAUUGCAGGCAAUAAUGGGGAGCGGGUGGGGUGAUACAACCGGCGCGGGGGUCUUAAAUAACUGGGGGAGGAGGGGCUUAAAAGUGGGGGCUUAUAAAGCGGUAGUUUACGGUAUCGGAAGUGGAGGGUCUCAUCGCGUUCCAUUUGUUCAAACCCAAUUUCCCAGUUUCUGCGGCCAUUUCUUGGCAAAUGCGACUGGCCUGAUCCCAAAACAAGAUUUACUAUUACCAUUAACCCUCGGACGUACACGCAAAUUCAUACCCACACUGUGGUACAAGCGGGGGGGGAGGGGGUGUGUUGUUUUUCAUAGGUUGCAGUAUUUCGAAACGAUUUUACCUUUAGUGGAAAGCCUUUGAUCUUCUUAACAAUGGUUGCCAUCUUGGCCGUCAUCUUGGAUUUUACCAAGAAUUAAAAAUCAGGCUAAAACCGCGAGAAAUGGUAAUUUUUUUAGCUUUACAUGAAAAAUAACACAAAAAUAAGCACUUUGCACGAUUUUAGCCACAAGAUUUACUUUUAUUGUUGAACGAAGUUGAAAAAACAUGUAUUGUCAAACUAAAUUGGCUUGACCACCAGCUACUUAUGACGUCGUAUACCGUAACCAUAGCAACUGACUAUCACUGAACUUGUCUCAAAAUGUGCGCGAGGGAUGUGAACGAUUAGCUACUGAAAUCGUCAGGUGUUGAUGUUUUAUCCUUUAGGAAAUAAACGCAAGAAAACCUUAUUGGAAGAGGGGGCGGAAUCCACCAAUCCCCCCCCUCCUCGUACGCCCGAGAGUUACGUUUUGUUUUCCAUCUGCCCACCAGUUAACCUACUUGUCUGCCCAUAAAAAGGGUAAACAACCAUUUCUAUGGGCAAAUGUAACAAUAUUUUUCCAUUACAUAUACCGGUGGUAGUAAAAGAUCACUUCAUCUUUUUGAGGUCAACUCCGUGAGUAGCCUUGCUAGAUUUGGUAAAAUGACUUCAUAAUCAUUAACAUUAUCUUUCGACUACCAUCUUAGAUUAUGUCUUCCUGUCUCGCUAAGGAGCCUCAAAUGACAUUCGCGCAAUCUCUUCCAAGUUCAUUUAAUCUUUCUCUUUCGAUUACGUGGGGAAAAACGAGGACUCUACUCAGCGUUUGAAUAAGGCAUCAUGAAAUGUUACCUAUUGUUGGUGCAUGUUUUAUUCUUGCAGGGCUAUACUGUCCCGCUGUUUCCUGAUACCAGCUUACCGGUCGAAAAAUUACAAUUGUUGAGAUUCAGUCCAAACGUUUACGAGCCGACGAAUUCUGGUAAGAAUAUUUCACUGUAAAAUGACCAUUUAUGGAGCUAGUCGAAAAUCGCUUCAAAGCGGCUGAAGAGUUUGAUAGAUAAUGUGAAUCGAUGCCAUUCAUUGUGCUGACAUUUAAGACUCGUUGCCGGUAUAACCUGCGAUCAGGCGUCCUUGGUCUUUGUAUAACGGGACAAUCUUUUUACCUUCGCCGUUCGCCCACUUUUUCUGUCCCGGAAAAAAAACACCUGACGACAGGUUAUUGCUGGUGCUGGACCGGGUUUAUUUUCUUAUUUUCUUUCUUUCUUUUUUUUUGUUGUUGUUUUUUUAGCUUCCAGCGACGGCCAAUCCCCCCCUCCCCCCCCCCUUCCUCUAUAACUUUAAAACUGCUCAUGAUAGUCGGCGACCAAAGUUAGCUAUAAUACUUACACGUACGGUGUCUGAUAAAAUUAAGUAAUUGGUCAACGCAAAUGGUCAUUAUCAACAGCAGCGAUAUCAUGAUGACGCCAUUUAUUAUUUAAAAAAGGAACUGGAACCUUCCCGCCAUCUUGGAUCCCCGUUUUCAAUUAAUUAUUACAUAUUACUUUAAACCCGUCGUAUAAAUCGGAGUAAUAUUGAUGGAAAAUCUGUAAUCUGUGUAUAAAGGAUGCUUAGGAAGCAAACACAAAACAACACAAAACAAAACAAAAGCAAAAAACAAAAAACUCUGCAUAUUAUGAAAUUCCGACGGAGAGAGAAAAAAAACACUGUUGAACUCAGGAUCUGCCAUUUGGUCAUUUAUUUAUCUAUUUAUUUUUUUGUUAAAGUAUGGAUUUCACUACCAUUUACAAAACUUUGAUGAAAUAAUAAUGUUAAAGUACGGGUAAGAUAAUAAUCCAAUACGUGAUACGAGAAGGUGCAGUAUUCAUGGCUUCAACACCCUUUUCCAUUUUUUUGAACUCAGUCUUUUAUAUUUCAAUUAAGUCAAUGAUUAGUUUGAAAUGUCCUUAAACCUAUUCGUUUUGAUGAAGAAAGGAACAGGUAUGUAAUUACAAACUUUCUUAUCAUGCAACUUCUUCUUCAGCUGCUGCAGUCGACUUUCCUUUCCGGAGCACUACAAAGAAAAGUAACGGUACGAGUAACCACAGUAAAAAAUUGCGUACCUUUCAUUUCGUGUUUGUGGCGUAGUACAUUCCGGAUGCAAACAAGAAGAGCAAUUAUAAUAGUUUUCCAUUGUUUUCCUCCUGUAAGCUACAAAUUAAGGCAAAGCCUACCAGUGAUCAUGAUCUCCUUGUUUGCAGCUGGUAUGUACUACGCCACUCGGGGUGUACAAAUAGCUUUCCGUGCACAACUUGAAACCAAACAUAUAAUUAUUUGCAAAUUACGUGACGAAAUAAACAAUUUUCCAGAAAGGAAAAUAAUGUGUUAGGACCUCAUGUGACCCCGGAGGUUUAACUGUAAAAUAAAGUUUUCAAUUUCGUUAAUAUUUCGUAAAGAAAAUAUAAAGGAAAUUAACACGUAAUCCAUCAGGAAAUUGAGUAAGUUUAAUUUUCAGCGGACAAAAACCUCGUACCAAAAUAAUUUAAUAAUAUCGCAUUCUUUUUUACAUUUUUCAAGGGCUGUAAAUGUAAUUAGUUACGGUAGAACCCAGAUUUCUCGAACCUCCAGGGAAAAUGCAAAUUGGUUCGAGAAAUCGGGAAGCCACUGUAACUGUAUCUGUAAUAACACCAAAGAAAAUUUCUCAUGAGAGCCCGCGAAAAUAAGUGUCAAAUUUCACAAAAUGACACCUUACACAUGAAAUUACCGGAAUUUUACCUGGCAGUGGCGCAGGUGUUUUCACAAUUCUUCUGAAAUUUGACAUUCUUUUUCUCGGGCUCCCAUGAGAAAUAGUCUUUGGUGUUAUUACAGCUAGCUAAUUAUAUCUAUAUAGCCCUUGAAAAAUGUAAAAGAUAAUGCGAAAUUUUUUUAAUUAUUCUGGUAAAAGGUUUUUGUCCACUGAAAAUUAAAAUUACUCAAUUUUCUGAUGGAUUCCAUCUUGAUGUUUAAUGAGUGUGUGGAAAUCAGAGGAAAAACUGCUCAUUUUUGCAUUCUUAAUUAAUUUCUCCUUCUAAAAUCAUUUUGUUUAUGAAGUAAUAUCAAGUAUUCGAAACUCUGCUCAUCACCAGAUGAAACACCUGGAAGUUCGACAGAAAUACUCCGCGUGCGUCUCAUGCUUGAUAUAUUACUUUUAAAACAAACAAAACAGCAACAAAGGGAAAACAAUGGAAAACUAUUAAUAUACUUACCGUGAGGACAAAAAUUGCAGUCGCAGACUAUAACUGCGCGAAUCCUCGUUCACUAACAGAUAGUCUCCCGUUUCCCUCAAAUAUUCAUAACAUACAUUACAGUCGUAGAGCUCUGUUAUCGGUCACAAAGAAAGGAAUACUUGUAAGUAAUUACUUAAGUUUUGUAUCUUCCCAUUUUUUCUCGAUAACUGAGGAACGUAUGCAGCCUCGAUCCUCGCCCCCCUCAUACAUAGUUUUAUGGUUCCAGCUUACUAAUUCAAAUAUUUGUAUGUGUUUUCAUUUCCAGAUUCUGUUGUAUUAUUGUCCAUAUCCAUAUCUGUUGGCGUCCUCGUAGGACUCGGUUUGGUUGCGUGUCUUUUAGUGUACUUUUUGUGCUCCAAGAGGGGUAACGGCAAUAAUCCCUUACCUCAAGGUUUGUAUAUCGUGAAUUCCUUUCACGUCAAAUUAACACAAACCACUAGAUGAUGAGCAUCCCAGUCAUUUCAUUUCAUACAAAGUCCGUACCCUCUUGGGCCUUCAGCAUCAUUCUUCCCUACGGCGUCAAUUCCACUUCUCGCCGCAAUGAAAAUUAAAGGGAGCCCAGAGCUCUGAACCUGUGAAAUCUAGGGUGCCCUGCAUAUGAUUUGUAUGAAAAAAAAAAAUUUUUAGGCGCCUAAGACCAAAAGUUAGUCGCCAGGGGCCACUGGGCUCUGCUAGAGCACAGCCAUGAAUCUGACCAGGUGGGGGAAAAGGAUGUGUGAUGCUAUUUGUUUCAAAUUCCAAAUUACGAGCCAUGUUUUAAUUCGUAAAAGUAAUUAAGGUUGGAUUUUUACAGUAUUCACCAACUACUGCUAAUGACUGGGAUGUCUGUGAAAGAUUUGAACGACCCUGGAAUGGCCUUUAUCUCAUCCUUACGGGCCCAUUAUCGUCUCUUUUGACGCUGUUGCUAUGAAAACGUCUUCAAGCUGUAACUUAACAAAACGACACGUAAUGUGACAGGCACGGUUGCCAAAAUUUUCAACGACUGUUACGUUUCAAGAGAGGUCUGACAAAGCUUCGACAUCAAUUAAACAAGAGAUCUGAAGAGAUCUGGAUUGUUCUCUAAAAUAGCUUCUCCCUUUGUUAACUUGAAAAGUUUCAAAUGCUCCCCUCGACUCGAUUUAGAAAGCGAUUCACCUUCUGUGACUGGAGAGAGGGCUGUGAUUGGCUUUCAUGGUAUAUAGUGGAUAUGGGUAUGAUGUCAUGGUCCUAAAGGAAAAGCAGUAGAAAAUAAGACCCAGUUCAUGAUCGACGUUUGAACCAAUUAAGUCGGACAUGUCUAAUUUGGGUCGACCCAUGAAUUAAGUUCGAGUGGCCCUCAUGCGAAUUUCACUGUGGAGCGACUUUGUUUCAAACUUCUCAUGUGCCGAGCCUAAUACAUAAAUAACUCAAAUUUAUUUUCUCUUGUAAGCAUUUUAGACAAUUGAACAUCAUGAUAAUAUAGUUAUUAAGUUUAUGAGAAGAUCGACGUUUGAACUGGGCCUAACUGGCUUUUUGGUAGAUUAAUAUAGUUUCUUUAAAUGUUUAGAGUUAUAAACUAUCCUCAAAAUAAUGGCCACGCUUUGUUUGUUUGUUAGUUUGUAACCUUUUUCUUUCGUCUCUUGUAGAUUUUAGAUACCACGCAUUUAUAAUAUUCAACAGUGGAGACCAACGUUGGAUGACGACCAAGCUUCUGCCUCUAUUGGAAGAAAAGCACCAUUUCAGUUGUUGUAUACACUAUAGAGACUUUGCCGUAGGGAAGCCUUUUCGGGACAGCAUGGCAGAAAGUGUUUACAAUAGCCACAAAGUCAUAGCAUUAUUUUCCAGUAAUUUUGUGAAAAGCAAUUAUUGUAAGUACGAGCUUGACCUCGCCAUAGGACGGCUUUUAUCGCAUCGCGAUCGUUGCCUGGCUGUCAUCAGGAUUGAUAAAGUUGAUAGUAAUAUGCUGCCUAAAGAACUCAAGGACAAAAGCUUUAUAGACUACAGCAAUGCCACCGAAAGGCGCAUUUGGAAACGAAAACUCCUAGAAUUUCUUCGUAAGCCUGGUGAUGAGGAAUGCCAUGACACUGACGUUAAUCAGAACUGUAAAAUUAACAGCACAAAUGACGACAACAGAGAAAGGCUAGAGAGUGCCAGCAGCAUGGAAUCUGAUGCGCACGAAGAACAUCCCAAUGAUGACAUGGAAGAAAUCAGUGACUUAAGCAGCACAAAUGGUAACAGAGAAAGAAUUGGAUUUGUGAGGUUGGAGAGUACUAUCAGCAAUGAUACCGUUAUAUCUAUGUUGUAA